ACAAUAUUUGAAAUGGGGCCACUCUAGGUGAUCCCAAGCUGCUGAGGUGCCUUUUGGACCCAGCUGGAGGCAGCCGUUGCCUGCAAGGAUCUGGGUGGUGGGGAGCCCAGACUUCCACCAGAGGCCACCAAGGGCGGUCCCAGCCUGGCCCUGCCCCCUACCCUGUGCCUCCACCCCUGCCCUUCCUAUGCUCCAAGGCAGGCAGGGAGGCGGGAGGCCAGGUAGCUCAGGAACCCAAACCUGUCGGGCAGGUUUUGAGAGCUGUAGAGAGAGGGACAGAGGCUGGAGAAGGAUGCAUGGCCUGCCCUGGGCUUGCCUGUUCCCUCCUGAGCCUGAGCCCCUUACCUUCCUGACCCCAUGAGGCACGCACUGCCUCUGCUGGCUCCCCUGCUGGGCCUGGGCCUGGGGCUGGCCCUGAGUCGGCUGGCAGCGGGGGCCACAGACUGCAAGUCCCUUGGCCCGGCAGAGCACCUGACAUUCACCCCAGCAGCCAGGGCCCGGUGGCUGGCCCCUCGAGUUCUUGCGCCAGGACUCCUGGACUCUCUCUAUGGCACUGUGCGCCACUUCCUCUCCAUGGUGCAGCUCAAUCCUUUCCCUUCAGAGUUGGUAAAGGCCCUACUGAAUGAGCUGGCCUCCGUGAAGGUGAAUGAGGUGGUGCGGUACGAGGCGGGCUACGUGGCGUGCGCCGUGAUCGCGGGCCUCUACCUGCUGCUGGUGCCCACUGCCGGGCUUUGCUUCUGCUGUUGCCGCUGGCACCGGCGCUGCGGGGGACGAGUGAAGACAGAGCACAAGGCGCUGGCCUGUGAGCGCGCGGCCCUCAUGGUCUUCCUGCUGCUGACCACCCUCUUGCUGCUGAUUGGCGUGGUCUGUGCCUUUGUCACCAACCAGCGCACGCAUGAACAGAUGGGCCCCAGCAUUGAGGCCAUGCCUGAGACCCUGCUCAGCCUCCGGGGCUUGGUCUCUGAUGUCCCCCAAGAGCUGCAGGCCGUGGCACAGCAAUUCUCCCUGCCCCAGGAGCAAGUCUCAGAGGAGCUGGAUGGUGUCGGUGUGAGCAUUGGGAGCGCGAUCCACACUCAGCUCAGGAGCUCCAUAUACCCCUUGCUGGCGGCCGUGGGCAGUUUGGGCCAGGCCCUGCAGGUCUCCGUGCUCCACCUGCAAACCUUGAAUGCUACAGUGGUAGAGCUGCAGGCCGGGCAGCAGGACCUCGAGCCGGCCAUCCGGGAACACCGGGACCGCCUCCUUGAGCUGCUGCAGGAGGCCGGGUGCCGGGGAGAUUGUGCAGGGGCCCUGAGCCGGGCCCGCACCCUGGAGCUGGGUGCUGACUUCAGCCAGGUGCCCUCUGUGGACCAUGUCCUGCACCAGCUGAAGGGUGUCCCCAAGGCCAACUUCUCCAGCAUGGUCCAGGAGGAGAACAGCACCUUCAACGCCCUUCCAGCCCUGGCUGCCAUGCAGACGUCCAGCGUGGUGCAAGAGCUAAAGAAGGCAGUGGCCCAGCAGCCGGAAGGGGUGAGGACACUGGCUGAAGGGUUCCCGAGCUUGGAGGCAGCUUCCCGCUGGGCCCAGGCACUGCAGGAGGUGGAGGAGAGCAGCCGCCCCUACCUGCAGGAGGUGCAGAGAUACGAGACCUACAGGUGGAUCGUGGGCUGCGUGCUGUGCUCCGUGGUCCUGCUCGUGGUGCUCUGCAACCUGCUGGGCCUCAAUCUGGGCAUCUGGGGCCUGUCUGCCAGGGAGGACCCCAGCCACCUAGAAGCCAAGGGCGAGGCUGGAGCCCGCUUCCUCAUGGCAGGUGUGGGCCUCAGCUUCCUCUUUGCUGCUCCCCUUAUCCUCCUGGUGUUCACCACCUUCCUGGUGGGCGGCAAUGUGCAGACGCUGGUGUGCCGGAGCUGGGAGAACGGCGAGCUCUUUGAGUUUGCAGACACCCCAGGGAACCUGCCCCCGUCCAUGAACCUGUCGCACCUUCUUGGCCUGAGGAAGAACAUCAGCAUCCACCAAGCCUAUCAGCAGUGCAAGGAAGGGGCAGCGCUCUGGACAGUCCUGCAGCUCAACGACUCCUACGACCUGGAGGAGCACCUGGAUAUCAGCCAGUACACCAACAAGCUACAGCAGGAGUUGCAGAGCCUGAAAGUAGACACACAGAGCCUGGACCUGCUGAGCUCAGACGCCCGCCGGGACCUGGAGGCCCUGCAGAGCAGUGGGCUUCAGCGCAUCCACUACCCCGACUUCUUCAUUCAGAUCCAGAGGCCCGUGGUGAAGACCAGCAUGGAGCAGCUGGCCCAGGAGCUGCAAGGACUUGCCCAGGCCCAAGGCAAUUCUGUGCUGGGGCAGCGGCUGCAGGAGGAGGCCCACGGACUCAGAAACCUUCACCGGGAGAAGGUCGUCCCCCAGCAGAGCCUUGUGGCAAAGCUCAACCUCAGCAUCAGGGCCCUGGAGUCCUCUGCCCCGAAUCUCCAGCUGGAGACCUCAGAUGUCCUAGCCAAUGUCACUUACCUGAAAGGAGAGCUGCCUGCCUGGGCCACCAGGAUCCUGAGGAAUGUGAGUGAGUGUUUCCUGGCCCGGGAGAUGGGCUACUUCUCCCAGUACGCGGCCUGGGUGAGAGAGGAGGUGACUCAGCGCAUCGCCACCUGCCAGCCCCUUUCCGGAGCCCUGGACAACAGCCGUGUGAUCCUGUGUGACAUGAUGGCUGACCCCUGGAAUGCCUUCUGGUUCUGCCUGGCAUGGUGCACCUUCUUCCUGAUCCCCAGCAUCAUCUUUGCUGUCAAGACCUCCAAAUACUUCCGUCCUAUCCGGAAACGCCUCAGCUCCACCAGCUCUGAGGAGACUCAGCUCUUCCACAUCCCCCGGGUUACCUCCCUGAAGCUGUAGGGCCCUGUGGGGUGAGGUGACCCCAAGACUGCCUGUCCUCCCCUUUGAUUCAGCCUGGGCCACAGGACUUCGGUAGCUCUUGCCCCAGAGCCCAGGCUGGCAUCCAGGCCUGGACUGUCCCCAAUUCCGGCUUACCUGGCCCCACCUUGCCUGCUCCUUUCCACCCCUUUCUGCUCACGCCCCCCAUGAUUCACUCUCAGAAUCACAUGGGACUUCUGUGCAGCUGCAGAGCCAGCAGGUCCCCCCAGGUGUCACCCCUUACCCCCAUGCUGGUGGCAUCCUCACAGGAAGAGCCUAUUCUCCAUCUGCUGGAGCCUGGACCCUGGGGCAGGACAGAGGCCUCAUCCAACCCCACUCCCCUUCCUGUGUGUCCUCCCCCUGCCAAGCCUCCCCCUGCCCCUCUCUGAGCCCCUCACCCCCCACACCGUCCUCAUCUGGCCUCCCCACUGGCCCCCACUUCUCUCUUAUGCCCUUCCUGGCCCUUUGCUUCCUCCCUUAGUCCCCUCUUCACCAUAUCUCCACUGCUACCUUGCUGGCCCCAGGCACUACCCUGCCCAACCAAACCACUCAGGUAACGCCACUUAUCAGGCAGGAGCCACCAUGGCCUAGGUCUGGGCUGGCUGCAGGCCCUGCCUCGUGGCCCCUGAGCCCUUCACUGCCCCAGGGCCUUGGGCCCUCUGCAGAUCUCAUCCAGGAUUUAUUGGUGUCCAAUGGGGUGAGGGAGGCCUGUCUGAAGGCUGAGCCUCCCUGCCUGCACCCAGGUUAGAAAUGGGGGUACUAGCACUUAGCUCCUCUCUGAGUGCUGGCUCCCAAGGAAGGGACCUGGGCUACACUGGGGGAUCACCCUUAUCUCUUCAGAAGGAAGCAUCUUCCACAGCCCCCACCCAGCUUUCUUAGGAGUGAUCUGGUGGCCAGAACAGAAUUUUGCAUUGCCCCUUCUAUCCUGCACAUGUGGCCUAGGGUCAUCCCCAGCCCAUCCCUGUGUCAGCCCUGAGUGCUGGAUGCUGCGUUCCAGAAAUGAGGAAGAGGAGAGAGAAGAGAUGGACAGACCUCAGAUCCAUUAAAGUGUUCUCACUUCCUUGAGACUUGGUUCUGGGUCCUUAAAACCAGGUUUCCUAGUCUGGGGCCCUGUACAUAGUUGGUGUUUAAUGAGUGUUUAUGGAGAGGAGAGUUCUAAGGUCACCUCUGGCUGCAGGCAUCCAGGGAUUAUUCCAGCAAUCUGCAGGUAGGGAGUGGGUCCCAGCCUGGGAGCCUGCUGUCAGGAGCAGGCAGACCUGAACUCACAGCCUGGCUGUGAUGCUUGUUUGCUCAGCUUCUCCAUUUAUAAGACGGGAAGAAUAGUCACAGCCUCCUCAAAGGGUUGUGAAAAUCAAAUGUGAUAAUUUGUGGAAAGCCCUUAGCAGUGGCCUGGCACAAAACAAAUGCUCAGUAGACAGAAGCUGCCUAUUAUUUUUGUUGUUGUUGUUGUUUGCCAUGACUGCUCUGGGCCGGGGGUAGAGCUAGCGUCUGGGCACGUACGAGGGAAGAGGGAGGCAGGCCUCUAUUCAAAGGCAGAAAUUCCUUUAAGAUUGUGGUCUGCUGGGUUUCGGGGAGUGUCUGUGUUGUUUGUUUUUGUUUGUUUGUUUGUUUUGAGACAGGAUCUCGCUCUGUCACCCAGGCUGGAGUGUAGUGGUGCAAUCUUGGCUCGCUGCAACCUCCACCUCCUGGGCUCAAGCGAUUCUCAUGCCUCGGCCUCCCAAAUAGCUGGGACUACAGGUGUGUGCCACUACGCAUAGGCUAAUUUUUGUAUUUUUUGUAGAGACGGGGUUUUGCUAUGUUGCCCAGGCUGGAAGUGUCUAUGUUUAACUGCAUCUUAUAAACCAGCAACAAGUUUUCUACUAGAAAUUAGAAUGGUGCAUACACAAUGUAUUGUUAUCACUGUCAGAUGAGCAUCUUUGAAUGUAGCAUGACUGCCUCUUUUUUGCUUUUCCUAGAGGUUUUGUUUUUGUUUUUGUUUUUGCUUGUUACACGUCUGUUGACCUACCUGGGGGAAGUAGCACCCUUGCAUUUAAAAAAUAAAAUUGAUGGCAUUACAAAUGGAAUAGAAACAAUUUUUUAAAUAUUUUCCAGUUCUCUUUCAAAAUUACCUAUUUUAUCUUUUAUAUAUUUGAACAUAUUAAGCAUAGUUAUUUUAAAGUUCUGUUAGUCCCUUAUAUGGAGCCUCUAUGAGUCUGUUUCUAG